UCCCUCGCGCAGCAAAGUAUGCGAUUCAAUCAAAGCCGGGCGGAGUUUUAGUAUGAAGCGUGAGGGUUAAAACGCUUGCGAGCUAAGCACAAAAGUAGGCAGAUUUAUAUAUACACAAUUCAUAUUUUACAGUGAUAGGAAAAGAAUUUGACGGUAAAAAUGACGACGACCACCACUUUUCAAGGCAUGGACCCAGGUGCAAAAAAUAGCUCAAGGGUACUGCAACCACCGGGUGGAGGCUCUAACAUCUCCUUUGGAACAGAUGAGGAAAAGCCUGUCACUCGCAAGAACAGAACUGCCUCUAACAUUUUUGCAGAACCUGAGGACCCUCAUGCUCACCGGAGGAACAACCCACCUGGAGGGAAGCCCACAGGUGUUUUGAUUGGAGAGCCGUCAGCCCCACUUCGGCGAUGUCACCCCCAGCCUGUUGUUCAGAACAAUUCUGUGUCUGAGGAGGCCACCACUGGGGAUGGAGACCAUGAGAAGCCAAUUGCUGAAAAUGCAGAGGAGCCAGUGCCUGUCCAGGAGCAGGAGGGGGGACCACCACAGCCCUCAGCACCUACACAGUCUAAUGAAGCCCCCACUGGCCGGAGAAACCCCCCAGGGGGCAAGUCCAGUCUCAUCCUCGGUUGAGCUUGCUUGUCUUUAACUUCCUCAUCCUGAUUUUUACAAAAGAAUCUCUCUCCUCUGUUUGUGAGCCAUAGAAUUCUGUCAUCCUGCCUAUUGUUUUUAUAUACCUUUUUUUUUCUCUAAAUCUUUGACAGAAGCACUUUAUGUAACUCCUAUGUUUCAGCCCAUCUUGUAGUGCAUCGGGCCUGCUGGAAAAGGCAUGUGGUUUAGGUUGUUUUUCCAUUCUUGAUUGUUAAAGAUUUGUCCUGUGUGAUUUCUAACUACAAUAAAGACUGACAUGAAGUUGUAGCUUUCGAUCCAUAUUCAUUGUUGAGAAAUUGCAUGUAUGUCUCGUAUGUAUGUCUUGCUCUGGAUGAUGAAACUAAAUUUCUCUGCUGGAAAUGUUUUGGUUAUUGAUUGAUUGGUUUUAGAAACAAAUUUCUCUUGCUGGUCAGGUCACUAUGUGGUAAUGUAAUGAUUUAAAUGUACAAAACAUUUUGUUUCAUGUGGCGAAUACUUGGUGUGGCAUGGUGUAUGUUCACAACUCUUUCAAUUGAAAUUGCCAUGUAGGGUUUUAAAAUGUCCACAUGGGGGUGCUUUUCUGUCAAUCAGCCUUAUCUUUCCAGUUUUCCUCUCUGACAAAAAGUAAAAACUGUAAUGUAAUACUUUAUGGGUUUAAACAUACUUUUGUACUUAUGUAAACACAUCAUUGUCAAACAUUGUUUAACUUGCAUUUUAUUUCGUCCAUAAUCCAUAUUUGGCAGGACAUGCUCUGCAUUUGUUACUGAUGGCUCGUUUAUAACUAACAGCUGUAGGAACCUAACAAUUAGUGUAAUGUGCCGUGUGCAUGCACACUGCACAUAACUUGAUUCGAGGAAACUAUAAAAGUGACCUUAUGAAAGAUUUGGGAUGCAUAUCACUUAUGACACUGUUAGUUCUGUAUGACCACAACUUUUAGUAAUGGUCAUAAGUAUUUGUUUGUAGGCUUUAAUACCCACACUCAUUUUAGUUGCAUGACAUUGCUGUUUCUACCUAAAUCUACCAAAGGCCUUUUUGUAUUAGUAUUUUAUUACAGUUUUCUUUAGACAUUGGCUUGAUGGGCAUUUUCACUAGCAGAUUUUUACCAUUUGCAACAGUAGAUGCCUUUGCUUGUAUUAAAACAUAAUAUGGCAUUCAUUAAUUGAAAUAAGGUAAAAUGUGGAACCCGUAUUAGUGUAAACAUGGAUUUCUGCUUACCUGAAGUGUUUGGUGUGAAGAAGUGCAUAAAUCUCUAGGCUUGCUAUUUUCAUUCUGUUAACUUUUUUUUUUUCAUAGUAAACUAAUAAAAACUGCAAUGUAUUCACUUAGUGGGUGCCAUUAUCCUGAGUAACCUGUAGAGUUUGUAGUCAGUACUGACUGAAUUCUCAACCAUACUUUCAAUUUGGCUGUCUAAUAAUCCCCCUGUUUAAUUGGUUAAAUAAUUCCCUUGUUCUCCACUUCAGCUCAUGUGUGGUGGAUGCUUGAUGCAAUAUGGCUGGCAUGCAUCACCCAGGUGGGUGCAAAACUUCAGUGGUGGUUGAGGUUGGUUAUCCUUCACUGUAAAGAACUUUGGGGGUAGCAAUGUAAAUCUAGUCCAUUAUUAUCACAACUGCAAAGUACUUUACAAAUGAAGAAUUUUCCCAAAUUUCCCUGCCUGGGGAUCAAUAAAGUGUUAUCUCUUAUGCUAAGAAUGCACAGCUCAUUAUAUAUGGCAAUGAAACCAUGAAAUUAUUACAAAAAAUGAAAGUUACUCACUUAGAUCCACAUAUACAGGUGUUGCUUAAAAUGCAUAUGUAAUGAAUGACAGUGCUUCAUUCCACAGGGACAUCACUGCCCAGGUGCAGUGUGGGUAGUUGAGUCCAGGAAGGAGGUAGGGGGCCAGAAAAACAACCUCUGAUAGUGGAGCGGUGUGGUUGGGAUAAGUAGUGGCAAAACAGAUAGACAGCCGUGAAUGGAUGAGAAGUCCAAGCACACAGCACAUGAGGGAGGGCGGAGCAUUGGGUUGGCAGCAAGGUUAAAGCCAUGUCGUUAUUACUGGUGGUGAAGCUUAUUUGUUGGCAAAAAAUAAUUGCUCUGCAACACACAUUGUACGUCUAUGAGUGGAAAUGUUUAUUUUGAUGUAAGAAAAAAAAAAAUGCAGCUACGGCCCUGAUUGUUCUAUUCACACUGGUGUUUGCUGCUAAAGUCAUCUGGGUGAUAUCAGACAGUAUGUGGAACGCCUUAGUAGGUUUCAUUUUUGA